AUGAGCCAGGCGGACAGCAAGGGCGGACAAGUAGGCAUGAGUAUCAAUGUUUUGAAUAUGGGGAUGGGUGUUGGAGGUCCUGCUGGCAUAAACAUGAAUGGCGGCCCAGGACCGCGACCGGCUCCCACGAAUAACGAGAGGUCGCUCCUCAAUACCUAUAUUUAUGACUAUUUCCUUAAGAACGAUAUGAUAGAGAGCGCGCGCUCCUUAUUCAAUGAGGGCGAGGUCCUGACGCUGCCGAAUGAUGGCAGUCGAAGGCCAAGUCCGGCGCGUCGGGCGCAAAAACAUGAUCCUGAUGGCAGCAUCGUUAAUGGUAUAGACGAUAACCCGAUGGAUACGGGUGAGGGUUCGCAGAGGAAAACCGAGGAUGGAGAGGACGGGACAAAGAGGGGUGAUGAUUUACCUCGACCGAAGGUCCCUUCGGACUGUCCCCAUAGUUCGUUCUUGUUUGAUUGGUGGUGUAUAUUUUCGGACAUAUUUGGAGCCCGCAAUGGUGGAGUAAAGAACCCGCAUGCCGCGGCCUACGUAGCCCAGACACAGGUGCGUCUCAUCACUCAUCCGUAUUUAAAGGGUGCAAUGCGGAAAUCCUUGCGAUAUUAACGUUCUCGUGAUGAUUAGGCUGCCCAAAGGAUGCGCCAAAUGGCGCCGCACCAGCAACAGCUCAUUUCUGGGCAAGUUCCCAGCCAAAUGUAUGCGGGUCGCAUUAUGCCGGGUGGCAUGAUGGUCAGCAAUGGCAUGCACGUUCCGGACAACACUGCUGGCAUGGAUAUCAAUCACAAGAACCAGCUUGUUCGGCAGGCCAUGCUGAACAGUAACAGAAAGUUGUAACAGCCACCAUUCCUAACAUCUCAUGCAAGCGACGGGACUUAGGCGUUCUUUCGUCUUGUUCGUGUAAACUCCUUUUUUGUCCUCUGUGCUAACAUCUUCUUCUUUAUUUAGGACCCCACAGCAGAUCAACGCGAUGAAGAAUCAGCAGAUGAUGCAACAGGCAAUGCAACGAACAGAGGGCGAUGUAAGCGAAAUGAAUGGCCAGCAACCAAGGCCGCAAUCUCCCGCCACGGCUCAAAAUGCUGGUUCUCCUGGCACGAAGCGGAUCCGGUUGGAUAAUGGUGAAUAUCAGCAGGUUGGAAAUGGUCGGGGUGCGCCCCAGGGAGUACCUCCAGGCAGUUCUGGCUCUGCCUCCCAAGCCCAUCAGAUGCUCUUGGCAGGUGGCAUUAAUCCGAGCCAGUUGACUCCGCAACAGUUCGCGGCCUUUCAGGGCCAGAAUCCAAUAACGCAGCAUAAAUCGAUCCAGCUAUACGCCCAGAAUCUAGCAGCGCAUACGGGGCGAGCGGUGUCAGCGUUGAAGCAGCAAGGUGGCCCAGCGUCCACCGGGAUGCCCAACAUGCCCCAAAACCAGCAGGGCCAUGGUUCGCCAAUGAUGCCGCAAACGACUGAGGGUGCAGCGCUAGGCGUUAGUGACUUUUAUGCGACAACACCCGGAGGCGGUGCGAUGCGAGGCGGCAUAAAUCCGGGAAGUGGCAACCACGCGUUGCAGGACUACCAAAUGCAAUUAAUGAUGCUUGAGCAGCAGAAUAAGAAACGGUUAAUGAUGGCACGUGCUGAGCAGGACAACAUUGCUCACCAUGGUGAUGGCCAGCGCCGAAUGGAGCCCGGAUUUCCCCAGAGCAUGUCGCCGGGGAGCAGAGCUGCUCCUUCACCCCAGCCCCAAGGCGGCCCCAAAAUGGUGGGCACACCUAAGAUGCAGAACCAGGGUGGCCCAGCAUCUCCGCUUCCUGAAGGACAAAUCUCCGGACAAGUACCUCAGCGGAAUUCACCGGCUGCUAUGGGUGCAUUCAAUAGCCAGAUUCCCCAAGAGGCCCAUCAAAACAUGAUAUACCCCCAGAUGAAGGAUUCGAUGGGUAUGAUGGGUAGCACUCAAGGCGGAGGAGCGCCAAAUGGUACUAUGAUGCGCCCUCCCAAUUCGCAUCCAGGCUUCAAUGGACAGAUGUCCCAGGGCGAUAUAUCUCAAAUGAGAGCCCAGCAGGCUGGCCGCGGGGGCCCAUCCCAGAUGGUUGGUCCCGGAUGGCAGACCCAGCAGCAACAGCAGAUGCAAAUGCAUCAGACUGUUCAACAACAGCAGCAGCAGCAGCAGCCACAGCAGCCGGGUGGCCAACAACCAGGGCAACCUCCCCAGGUUGGCACCCCGCAGCAGGCAAGGCAGAACUUACCCCACCAAGCGAUGCCACCUCCCUCCGCACCGGCGGGUGCACCGGGCAGCGGCCGAACUCAACCUUCGUCGCCGCAGGUGCAAAAUCAACAGCCGGCGACGCCGACACAAUCGCAUAAGCCUGCACCGAAAACUAAGGGUGGAAGGGAUCCUGGCAAGAAGGUAAGCUGUUACAUGCUGCAACAUUUUCCUAUUCGAGCUAAUUCUAAACAGCAACGGCCUACCAAGAAAAAUGCGAGUGCGGCUGCACAAGCACCCAAUCCAGUUACUCCGUCAUCAGAACCCCCGACACCGACUACUCCGCAGCAUGCAAGCUCGUUCGCCCCGGGCGCCGCGCACCAGCGCCCCGCAAACUUCGUACCCGGCGCCCCGCAGGGCGGAAACGGUGCGGGGCAACCUCAGCAGAACGCCCCCAACCCUGCGCCCGCAGCGCCACCGGCCCCUAUCACCGCGCAGGACCCAACGACUGCCAACGCAUUCAGUGAUUUGCCCGCCGAUCUGGGUCUUGAUGGGUUUGAAGCAUUCCCAAACGGUCCGAACGAUUCACUGCUGGACAACUUUGACUUUGAUUCGUUCCUCAACACCGAGGACAACCAAGGGAUGGCGGCGUUCGACGGUCUAUCGGGGCAAUGGAAUGAUGGCGUAGAGGCAGGCGCUGGCGAUUCGUGA